AUUUAUCUGUGUCAGACAGACAGGCGGACAGAGAGAGGUAGCACACAUAGAAGAUGCAUGGAGAAAGUCGUGUUACUUUAAAAUAGGACAAUUGUUCAGAAAUAAAAAAUAAUUUGCCAGUAUACGGAAAAACAUUCGUUUUGGGAUUGAACGUUUCCGGGAAUUUAUAAACGGAGCAAGCUAGACGGCUUUUCUGACAUCUUAGAGGUGAAGUGUUAUCUGACAGGCAGAGUGCGAUCCGGAGGGACUGACAAAGAGUCAGGAUGAUUCUGGCCACGCUGAAGGGCUUCGGGAAGCAGCUGCUGCGUGUCAAGGUGGUGGACUACAACACUGAGGACUCACGUCUCUCCCGAUGUCUCAACACCUUCGACCUGGUGGCUCUCGGGGUAGGCAGUACUCUGGGAGCUGGGGUGUACGUCCUGGCAGGGGCCGUGGCCAGAGAGAACUCUGGUCCAGCCAUUGUCCUGUCCUUCCUCAUCGCAGCGCUGGCCUCGGUGCUGGCUGGUCUGUGUUACGCUGAGUUUGGGGCCCGCGUCCCCAAGACGGGCUCGGCCUACCUGUAUAGUUAUGUUACCGUUGGGGAGCUCUGGGCCUUCAUCACCGGAUGGAACCUCAUCCUCUCUUACAUUAUAGGAACCUCUAGCGUGGCUCGGGCAUGGAGCGCCACGUUUGAUGAGCUGAUUGGUCGACACAUCGAGCAGUGGUGCCGGGUCCACAUGGCGAUGAAGGCCCCAGGGAUCCUGGCUGAAUACCCAGACAUGUUCGCUGUCAUCAUCAUCAUCAUUCUCACAGGCCUACUAGCGUUUGGAGUGAAGGAGUCAGCCAUGGUGAACAAGGUGUUCACGUGUAUUAAUGUGUUAGUGCUGGUGUUCGUGGUCAUCUCAGGGCUGGUCAAAGGAACUGUAAAGAACUGGCAUCUGAACCCUGAUGAAAUCCUCAACAUCACUGUCAACGCAACACUGAAUAUGACAGAGUCCUUGCCAUCGAAGGAGAGUUUGGGUCAGGGAGGCUUCAUGCCGUUUGGCUUUACUGGGGUCCUGUCUGGAGCAGCAACCUGUUUCUAUGCCUUUGUGGGCUUUGACUGUAUCGCCACCACCGGUGAGGAGGUAAAGAACCCUCAGAGAGCCAUCCCCAUAGGCAUCGUAGCCUCUCUCCUCAUCUGUUUCGUGGCCUACUUCGGAGUGUCUGGUGCCCUCACCAUGAUGAUGCCCUACUAUAUGUUGGAUAAGAACAGUCCUCUGCCUGUAGCCUUUAAACACGUAGGCUGGGAGGGAGCCACCUACGCUGUGGCUGUAGGGUCACUGUGUGCUCUGUCCACCAGCCUGCUAGGCUCCAUGUUCCCCAUGCCUCGUGUCAUCUGGGCCAUGGCUCAGGACGGACUCCUCUUCAAGAGUCUGGCCCAGAUCAGCGACCGAACCAAAACCCCUCUAAUCGCUACAGUAACCUCUGGAAUGGUGGCAGCGGUGAUGGCCUUCCUGUUUGACCUGAAAGACCUGGUUGAUCUGAUGUCUAUCGGCACCCUGCUAGCCUACACCUUAGUGGCAGCCUGUGUUCUAGUACUCAGGUACCAGCCAGAGCAAUCCAGUAUGGCCUAUCGGAUGGCUUCUACGCUGGACGAGCCAGACACCUUAGAGUCCAUUAACGAGGGCAGUGUGGGGAUCCUGCCGGGAGCAGAGGAGGUGUUCUGUGCCAAAAACCUGUUGUUCCCUCACAACACAGAACCCAACAACCUGUCUGGCUUCGUAGUCAACAUCUGUACCAGUACAUUAGGAGUGUUGGUGUGUAUCUUCUGUGUGGUAGCAGUGCAGGGAGGCUUUGCUUCCUGGUCUGUCUCUCUACUGAGCCUCAUAUUUACAGCCUGUCUGGCAGUCACUCUACUGGUCUGGAGACAGCCUGAGAGCAAGACCAGUCUCUCUUUCAAGGUGCCCCUGCUUCCCUUCCUCCCAGUGGCCAGUAUGUUUAUCAACAUCUUCCUGAUGUGUCAGCUGGGUUUCAUCAUCUACUUUGGCUACGGGAUCCGUAACAGUGUAGAAGCUGCUUUAGCCAAUACUGCCGGUAACCUGCACAGAUACAAGCCAGACUGCACUCUCAGCGGACAGCCAAUGGACAUCGAGAAGGAAGUGUUCCUACACAACGGCCUGGACCUGGACAACACAGUGGACGAGGAGGAUGGGGACCUCUAG